GUAGUGAAGUAGUAGUGGAAGCGGUGGGUGAAAAAAACCUAUCGAACAAGAAGUACCCUUCACAACACAAAUCAUCCAUGAAGAGGGAGCACCACCAUCUACAUCCCAACCCACACGAUCCCUCACCCUCUUCGGUGCCUGCACCAUCACCACCUUCAUCUACGCCACCAACCACCUCCACCAUAGCCGGAGCUUAUUCCGGUUACUCAAUCCACAACGGUACAACCUCUUCCGGAAAAUCCAAGCUCUGGGACGAGUGCGCGGCGGCUGACGGCGGCAUGGACGAGCUACUCGCGGUGGUUGGUUACAAGGUGAGGUCGUCGGAUAUGGCGGAAGUGGCGCAGAAGCUUGAGCAGCUUGAGGAAGCCAUGGGGAACGCACGGGACGGAAUCUCCCAACUCUCCAACGACACGGUUCACUUCAACCCCGCAGAUAUCUCCAACUGGCUCGAAACGAUGAUCAACAAUCUCGACGUGCCGCCUCCUCCUCCUCCACCGUUGCCGCAGCAACACUCCGUUGACUCCUCCUCCUCCUCCGCCGCCUUCCUCCCCCAAACUGAAUCCUCCACCAUCACAACUUCCGUGGAUAGGGCCUUCGAGGACAGCUCCUCCUCCGACUACGACCUCAAGGCCAUCGCAGGCAAGGCAAUAUACACCACCGCCGCCGCCACCGCCGAUUCCCUAUCUCCUUCCUCCAAGCGCGUGAAACCCUCGCCUGCCGAGUCGUCGUCCUCGACUCGGCCCCUCGUACUGGUUGACUCGCAGGAGAAUGGGAUCCGACUCGUCCACACACUCAUGGCGUGCGCGGAGGCUGUCCACCAGAACAACCUGUCUCUUGCGGAGGCGCUCGUAAAGCAGAUCGGGUUCUUGGCGGUGUCUCAGGUUGGAGCCAUGCGCAAAGUAGCCACCUACUUCGCCGAAGCCCUCGCUCGUAGGAUCUACGGUCUAUACCCGGAGAACCCGAUCCACCACUCGUUCUCCGAUAUGCUCCAGAUCCACUUCUACGAGACCUGUCCCUACCUCAAGUUCGCUCACUUCACCGCCAACCAGGCCAUCCUGGAAGCGUUCCAGGGAAAGAACCGCGUCCAUGUCAUCGAUUUCAGCAUAAACCAGGGGAUGCAGUGGCCAGCGCUCAUGCAAGCCCUGGCUCUCCGUCCGGGCGGUCCGCCGGCAUUCCGGUUAACCGGAAUCGGGCCUCCGGCGGCAGACAACUCCGAUCACUUGCAGGAGGUAGGUUGGAAGCUCGCUCAAUUAGCCGAAACGAUCCACGUCGAGUUCGAGUAUAGAGGAUUCGUCGCGAACAGCUUGGCGGAUCUUGACGCCUCGAUGCUGGAGCUGAGGCCGAGUGAGACCGAGGCGGUGGCGGUUAACUCGGUUUUCGAGCUGCACAAGCUGCUCGCUCGUCCUGGCGCGGUGGAGAAGGUUCUGUCGGUGGUGAGGCAGAUUCGACCGGAGAUCGUGACGGUGGUGGAGCAGGAGGCGAACCACAAUGGACCGGGUUUUCUUGACCGGUUCACGGAAUCCCUGCACUACUACUCCACCAUGUUCGACUCGCUUGAGGGUUCGGUAAACUCGCAGGACAAGGUGAUGUCGGAGGUGUACCUUGGGAAACAGAUCUGCAACGUGGUAGCGUGCGAAGGGGUGGACCGGGUCGAGAGGCACGAGACACUGGGUCAGUGGCGGACCCGAUUUGGUUCUGCUGGGUUCACACCGGUCCACUUGGGUUCAAAUGCCUUCAAGCAAGCGAGCAUGUUGCUAGCACUGUUUGCGGGUGGGGAUGGAUACAGAGUGGAAGAGAAUAACGGUUGCCUUAUGCUUGGUUGGCAUACUAGACCCUUGAUUGCCACCUCCGCGUGGCAACUCGCCACCAAAUCGGUGGUUGCUCACUGAGUUAACUCGGGUCGAGUUGGUGGACUCCAGAGAUGAGAGUUCAGACCAACUUUUUUUAUUAUUUUAAUUUUAAUUUUCAAUGGAUAGCCACCAGAAAAAAAAAUGGUUUUAAAAAAAAACUUGUGGGGAUGAGAGGGCAGUGUGUAAUGUGCUGCUAUGCUGAGCUGUCUGCACUGAUUGCUCGGGACUGAGACCCACCAUUGUCCAUUUUCCUGCCCCCAACUUGUACCUCUUUCCACCCCCUUCUCUGUUAAUUUUACCCUUUAUAGCUUAGGUUUUUCCCUUUUUUCUCUUUUCUUUUGGGGGGGUUGAGUUGGAAUCUCAUGUAACUUUUGAGGGUUGGAUUGGAAGAGGUUAAUGUGUAUUUAUAUUUCUUUUUUCUUUUAUGUUUUUGAUAUAUAUAUAGCUUUGCUGGUAAUAAAAGGAAUCUUUUUUUGUUGUUUUUC